AUGUCCACUCAAGUCAACAACAUUCCUAGACUGAAUGUGGCUAAUUUUAAGGACUGGAAAGAAGACAUCCAGAUAGUACUUGGUUGUAUGGAUUUAGACCUUGCAUUAAGGGUAGACCGUCCUACUUCAACUGAGGAAAAUCCUAAUAAGGUUGAAAUUGAGAAGUGGGAUAGGUCUAAUCGCAUGUGUCUAAUGAUCAUGAAACGUUCAAUUCCAGAAACAUUUAGAGGCUCUAUUGUUGAGGGAACGAAUGCCAAAAGCUUUCUAAAGGAAAUGAAGCAGUACUUUACUAAAAACGAUAAGGCAGAGGCGAGUACCCUUAUGACAAAACUCACCUCUUCAAGAUACGUUGGUAAAGGAAACAUAAGGGAAUACAAAAUGCAAAUGUCAAGUGUUGCAACAAAACUUAAGGCACUAAAGUUGAAAGUUUCUGAAGAAUUUUUAGUGCAUUUAGUUUUGAACUCUCUUUCAGCAGAGUAUAGCCACUUUAGGGUGAGUUACAACACUCAGAAGGAUAAAUGGUCCCUGAAUGAGCUAAUCUCUCAUUGUGUUCAAUAG